AUGUCUUUAGUCGAUAUCCUACUCAGACCCAAUAUGCGGGACCCCCUUCCUGCGCCCUCGCUGCUCGUGCAGUCUAGCAAGUCGUUCGCCGACAAGCUGAGCCUGACGACCCUCCCAUACCACGUCCACGAGAUUCUCCUCGGCUUCCUGGGCUACCAUCUCAUCCUCCAUGUCCUCUCUCCGGCCGUCUCGCGACUCGUCUGCCCGAACGUAUACAAAAGCUUCAACAAGCGCACGCGACUCAACUGGGACAUCCACUGGGUCUCUAUGAUUCAAGCGCUAUUCAUAUGCGCCGCUGCGCUGUGGGUCAUCUUCAAGGAUGAACAGAGGCACGAGAUGGACUGGAGGGGUAGACUGUGGGGAUAUACGCCAGCUAGCGGUAUGGUGCAGGGAUUCGCAGCUGGGUACUUCCUAUGGGAUCUCCAAGUGUCCGCGCAAUACAUCAACAUUGCUGGCGUAAGCUCUUUGAUCCAUGCGAUCGGUGCUUUGGCCGUGACCUGCAUUGGUUUCAAACCAUUCGGAAACUACUACGGCCUCUCCUUCGUCCUCUACGAACUCUCCACCCCGUUCCUCAACAUCCACUGGUUUUGUGACAAACUCGGGAUGACUGGCUCAAAGCUCCAGCUCUACAACGGCAUCGCCCUCCUCGUUACCUUCUUCGGCUGUCGCAUCGUCUGGGGUUCAUACCAGUCUGUGAUGAUCUACUCAGACAUCUACAAGGCGCUCACUAUGCCCAAGCCCGAACUCAUGAGCUCUCUGCUCGAGGCCCAGAAGUGCGACGGAACCUCCAACAGCAGUAUGGGUCUCGAGGGACCCGGAAACUGCACAGCUGGCGAGCUGCCCAUGUGGCUGGUCUGUGUAUACUUGGUGGGUAACACGGCGUUGAGCAUGCUCAACUUCUUUUGGUUCUCGCAGAUGAUCAAGGCUGUUAGGAAGAGGUUUGUACCUGCCGAGGAGACCAAGGCCAAGAAGAGCCAGUAA